AUGAUAUGCGACCAAGAGCUGGAACUGUUCGAUCUCACCGACAAUGCCACCUUGAACUUCCUCGAGACACUCAUCAACGUAAGCAAGUAAGUUGAUGUGAUAUGUGUUAAUUGGAUACACAUUCUUGUGUAUAAUAUCAUAGAACGUUGAGUAUGACUAAAAUUUGAUACAAAAUGUUGUCGUACCCAUCUGAAACGUUAUGACAAAGUUAUGACAACAUUAUGUCUCAAAUUGUUCAUUAAACCAGAAGCUCUGUACCUUGUAGUUAUUACAUUGAAGCUCUGCACCUUAUAGUUAAUAGUCAUAUAAAAGUUUUAUGUCAUUCUUUUUAUAAACCUAUGUCAUGUCUGCAUUCAUAACAGACAUUUCCGAAAACUUUUGCACUAAUUAACUUCCGGUUUUAUUUUGGGACACGGAAACUUAAUGACUUUGGUUACAUUUACUGUAAGAUUUUACAAUUUUAAAUGAGUGUUACUAUUGUAAAGUUUUACUACUACUUUUAAUGUAAAAAGUUGUGUCAUUUUAUUUUUACAUUUAUUUUAAGAUAUUACUACAACUAUUUACUUGAAUAUUUCAGUCGAUACGGAUCGGUUCACAAAUACUUGGCCCUAUGUAUAUGUAUAGUCGGUAUCACAAUGAAUAUAUUACAUGUACUUGUACUUACAAGGCCGGCUAUGUACAAAAGCGCGGUAAAUCGACUGGUAAGUUAUGUUUUGUAACCAGUUUUUUAAACUUUUUAUACGUUUUUUCUUAAUAUUUUGUUGCAGUGUAACCAUAGUUAUUAAAAGUUAAACUCAUUUUAAAAAAUACAGUAUUCUGAAUUUUAAAUUACAGUAUUUAUGUCAAUCACCGUAUUAAUAAGGUCAAUUUCAGCUCAGCUUUAUGGCCAUCUGUGAUAUUAUCACGAUGUCAUCGUAUCUCGUAUUUACUGUCAGAUUCUCGUUCAUGAUCGAUGUACACAAACCACCUGUUGGUUAUGAUCUACCAUGGAUAAUAUUCCUACUAGGACAUGUUGUAUGUUCUAUUGCUCUACAUACCAUCACGCUGUAUCUAUCUGUAGCUACAGCUUACAUACGAUACAAGGUGUUAGAUAAGAUCGGUUCAAAAUGGAUGCAUGAGAACAUUGCUGGGUAAGAACAGCUUACUUUUAGUUACAUUACUGUAUUGUUUUAUUCUUUUAUGGAGGUUUUGUUGUAAACAUAGGUUACUUGGAGAUACUAAACUUUACACUUUAUAGUUAAAUUUGUCACCAUAAGCAAGCCAUGUCAUGAACAAUAUUACUAUGUAAAUCCCUUUCAACUUUUCCUUAAGCUGGUUGCUGUCACGGUGUGUCAGGAAGAUAUUAAGAGAUAACAGAGUCAGAUAGCUAGUCCAAUUUAAAAUUUUGAGUGGGUUCGGCGAAGGGAUUACAUUAACAAAGUAAACAAAUCUAAUCGUGGUUAAUUACUCUUUACACUAAUCCUCGGGGGACGGCCAGGUGACUGUACAAUAAUCUAUUUUUACUCGGCGGAAAUACGUUUAAUUACAUCCACAAUGUCACAAUUAACAUAGGGUGAUUAGGCAGAUAUUUUAAGUAGUUAUACAUAAUAGGUAUACAGUAGAUGUACUGCACCUUCUAUGACAUGGUAUUUACUAUAUUAUGACAUCUUUCAACUUUUGAAAUGGCCAUGUUAGCGUAGGCAAACAUGUUGACACUUCCGUUUACAUACAUUACGACAUUACAUUAAGAUAAGAUGUUACGCACGUUCUCACCCCCCCCCCCCCCCUUACAUUACUAAUGUUAGUGCUAUUUCAGGCCGUUAUUCGUGAUAAUCUCCAUUACCGUCAUCUUGUUAUGCAUUCCCACCUUCCUCGUCCACUCCAUCGUCAGGGUGGAUUCAGAAGACGAGACCCUCUUCACGGUGGGCCUGGCCGAGUUCAGUCAGUUCAACACUUGCUUCAUCUUCAAGUUCAACCUGUGGCUGACUGGAAUCGCCUUUAAAGUGAUACCGUGCGGGCUUUUGAUGUUCUUCACGUUGGCGUUGCUCUACAAACUUGACGUGAGUAGAAGAAGGAGACGACUGAUUACCUCUGGUACUUCUCUGGCCUCCAAGAGGAACCAAGUCCACUCAGAUAGGACUACCAAGCUGCUAAUCAUAUUGUUGAUGGUGUUUAUGUGCACGGAGUUCCCACAAGGUACAAUUACAUUACCUUCGUAUAUGGUUAUUACCUAUUUUUAACUUUUGUUUUUGUCUGGAGUAACCUUAAAAUUACCCUACGUCAGUUGACUGUAGUCGCUGUAAUUAGGAUUAGAAAUUGUAUCUUGAACUGAUUGUAGUAUAAUAUAUAUCACUGUACGUAUAUUAUACUACAUCUGUUAUUACUAGAUCUAUUUUUAGCUUACUGUAAUAUUAAAAUAAACGUUACAAAACUAAUCUUGCAUUUUCAGGUGUUCUUGCCAUUCUGAAUGGACUGUUCCCAAAUGACAUCCACCAGUUCGUGUACCUGUCUCUGGGUGACAUGCUCGACUUACUUUCGUUGAUCAACUGUAACACUUGUUUCAUACUGUACCCUCUGAUCUCAUCUCAGUAUCGACAUACUCUCAAGUGCUUCCUCCAGUGUUUCCAGGAGAAGUACCGCUCCAGAAUGCCAUCAGCGACCUUCAUCAAGUCUGAGAACUCAGCCAUCAAGUUUAUGGACGAUAGGGAUGUAUUACUGUAA